AUGAAAAGAUGGGAGAAGGUGAUGUUUUGCGCAAGCAUUGACUCCCCUCGGCAGAUCGAGCAGGUGAAGGCCUCGAUUGAGCGCGCCAAGGGCUUCGAGGCCAAGCGGCAGAAGUUGGACGACGCCACCGUGGCGAGCCUCAACCUCCAUGAGAACGACCACCUCAUCCUCCUCGUUCCUUUGGUGAAGGAGGAAGUGUUGGACCUCCCCUUCGAGGCCCCGUUCUUGACCGGCGCGGCCGCCCCAACCGCCGCCCCUGUCCCCACGCCCACGACACCGCCCGUGGCGCAGCCGCAGCCCAUUGUUGCGCCCGCUGUCGCGCCUCCUGUGGCCUUGGGCACGAGCCCCGGCGCCGCGCCGAUUCCGAUCCCGGGCGGAGGGCAGCUAGACCUUCAGCGGAUGCUCAUGGAGCUGGCCACCGCCUUUACCGCAUCGACAGGCGGGCAGACUCCGCCUGGUGCCGUGCCGCCGAUUCUCACGAUCCCUCCGGUGGUUGGCGGCCCGUUUGCUGUGGGCUCGCCCUCGACUCCUACACCAUCGACCCCACCUCAGCCCGCUGCGGUCCCUGCGCCCGCGCCCGUUGCGCCCCCGGCAGAGCCGGCCCUGCCCGAACCCAAGCCGGAGGACAUACAGAUGCUCACCGAGAUGGGCUUCCCUGCGGAGAGGGCCAAGAAGGCGCUCUGGCUCCACAGGAUGAACCUCGAGGUGGCCAUGGAGUGGCUGCUGAUGCACUCAGAGGACCCCGACGCCGACGCGCCGCUGACCGCUGAGCAAAAGCGACAACUAGUAGCGAUCUACGGCCCGAUGCAAACCAUAGACCCGCGCGUGCAGCAAGCGAUCGCGGCGAAUGUGUGCACCUACGCCGUGACCGGCCCACACUACGCUUCGCAGACCUGGUACCAAUGCUACACGUGCAAUCUCUCUGGCAACGAAGGCUGCUGCGAGGCCUGCGCUCGGGUCUGCCACAAGGGCCAUCAACUCUCCCGACCUCGGACCUCGUCCAGCUUCUACUGCGACUGCGGCGCGGGCGUGCACAGCUUCAAGUGUCGCGCCCUUCGCGUGCCCACCGUCAGCAAGAGCAGCGACGCUUCGUGA